UUUCUAGUUUUCUUUGUUGGUGAUGGGUGGUGUACAAAAAGUAAAUUGGUUAGAAAUGGGCGCGUAAAAGCAAGGGUGCUUGCUCUCUCCGCAGUUUCAGGUCAUACAAUUCAUACUUUUCCCUCUCACCCAACACAAACACUUCAAUCUCAAUCCAAAUCAAUGGCCUCUCUUCGUCUUCGUCUUCGUCUUCGUACCCUUCUCCCCCUCCGUUUCUCCUUACAAGGGACGCUGCUUUCGUCUUCUCCACUCCAACAAGGUUUUUCGCGAAGCUACAGCGUCGUUGAUUCUUCCAAACAUUCUAUAUUGAAGUCCGAUGAGGAGGAGAUAUCCGCGCUCCGUCGCGAAUUCGAAGCCGCCAAACAGAGUUUUCUCAAUAUUCCCGAGGCGCUCAGGGAAAUGCCCAAAAUGAAUCCUAAAGGCAUAUAUGUGAAUAAGAACUUGAGAUUGGACCAAUUGCAAGUUUAUGGGUUUGACUACGAUUACACAUUGGCACAUUACUCGUCUGAUUUACAGACUUUGAUAUAUGACCUUGCCAAGGAGUACCUGGUUAACGAGCUCAGGUAUCCGGAGGUUUGCAUGAGUUUUAAAUAUGAUCCAUCUUUCCCCAUUAGAGGCCUAUGCUAUGAUAAGUCAAAAGGAUGCCUCAUGAAGCUAGAUUUCUUUGGUUCGAUUGAGCCGGAUGAAUGCUUCUUUGGUAGACGCAAGCUAAGCCUGAGAGAAAUAAGUGACAUAUAUGGCACGCGGCACAUUGGUCGUGAUCAUGCUCGAUCACUUGUUGGUUUGAUGGAUUUCUUCUGCUUUAGUGAGGCAUGCCUUCUUGCAGAUAUAGUACAGUACUUUGUUGACGCUAAGCUAGAAUUUGACACAUCCUACAUUUAUGAAGAUGUUGUUCGUGCAAUUGAUCAUGUCCAUCGAAGUGGCCUGGUUCAUAGAGGAAUUCUAUCCGAUCCACAUAGAUACUUAGUUAAAAAUGGAAAGAUAUUGCGUUUUCUUAAUAUGCUAAAGGAGCGGGGGAAGAAGCUUUUCUUGUUGACUAAUUCACCUUAUUACUUUGUGGAUGGAGGGAUGCGUUUUAUGUUAGAGGAUUCUAUGGAUUGUAGAGACUGCUGGACGGAACUGUUUGAUGUUGUGAUUGCUAAGGCCAAUAAGCCACAGUUUUAUACAUCUGAGCAUCCGUUCCGUUAUUAUGACACAAAGAAGGACACAUUAACUUUUACCAAGGUUGAUAAAUUUCUUCCAGAUAAAAUAUAUUAUCAUGGAUGCCUCAAAUCCUUUCUCCAGAUAACCAAGUGGAACGGCCCAGAGGUUAUAUAUUUUGGAGAUCACCUAUUUAGCGACUUGAGAGGGCCCUCAAAGGCAGGUUGGCGUACAGCAGCAAUCAUCCAUGAACUAGAGAGUGAAAUACAAAUACAAAAUGAAGACUCCUAUCGCUCUGAGCAGGCAAAGUUUCAUAUAAUACAAGAACUACUUGGUAAAUUGCACGCAACUGCAUCUAAUAGUCUGAGAACUACAGCUUUCAAUUCACUUCUGGAAGAACUUAAUGAGGAGAGACAAAAAGCACGCAACAAGAUGAAGAUGAUGUUUAAUAGAUCUUUCGGAGCAACAUUCCUGACAAGCACAGGACAAGAAUCUGCUUUUGCUUAUAACAUUCAUCAGUAUGCAGAUGUGUAUACCAGUAAGCCAGAGAAUUUUCUUCUGCAUUCAUCUGAAGCAUGGCUUCAUGUUCCAUUUGAUGUCAAGAUCAUGCCCCAUCAUGUGAAGGUUCCGUCAAGCUUGUUCAGAACCGGAUGAACGGUUCUCGAAUCAUUCAACUGCUACCAGUGGCAUUCCGCGGAUCUAAUAACGGAAUAAUAUGAUAUGGCGAUCCAAGUAUGCAUCUAAUUAGUGAGAGGUGCAACUGGAAGAUAAUUGUUGCGGUAGUAACGUACAUUCAAUUUUUAUUCUUUUGUUCUUGAUUCCCUCAUUUAUCUUGGCUUAGCUAACUUUGUUUGCUAUGCUUCAAUAGAUUAUUGAUAGAGAAAUAAAUCAGAAAAAAGAAAGCCCCAUUACAUGUAAAAGGGUUUAUUUCUUUAUGUUAACAUUCAUUUUAAAAUAAGAAUAAAGUCCUACCUGCAUUAUUUCCCUCA